UUCCGCUUGUUCGAAUCGAAACAUUCCAAGAAAAUAAUUCUUACUUUUAACCGACAUAUUUUUGCUAGUUAGAAUAGGUUUUUUACCUGAUAUGAUGUAAUUAACACAAACAAAGACUGUUCAGACUUCUCGCCAAACAAUGGAGAACGUAAAUCAAACUGAUGAUACGAAGACCAUUCAGUUAUUAAGUAAAGGUAUAAUGGAGCUGUAUGAACCGCCGUUGGCCACCAUAAAUACCCAUUUAAAGGAACUAACGGAAAGACAGGAAGCAGUGCACAGCAUGCUCGCUUCAGAGCGGAGGCGGCUGGAAGACUUGCAGAAUGAUGCCAUGGUUGAUGCACUUCUGGCGGACAUAGCGACGAACAGGGAGCGGCUGGUGACCAUCUCCAACUCCAUGCUGGCGCUGCACAAGAGAGUCCACUCACUACAGGCGCGGGCGGCGGCCGUGGAGAAAGUUGCUACGAGCCGAGCCGGCAGCCAGCACAAACCGGCCGGCAGUUAGUAGCAACACACCCGACAUCAAUCAUACUUCAAACAUGCGGACCAUACGAACAUUCCUAUACCUACAUUUAGAGGCUAGAAAUGAUGGAAAAACCUAGAAUAGGUGGCGAUUCAGACUUAUUUUUCAGAAGCAAUCUUAGCCAACACGUGAUCAAACAAUUAAUAAAUGAUCUCAGCGCCAUCUAUUGGCUUGAAUAUUGUUUAGCACAACAAUGCCGUCUUUUGAUAUUUAUGAGUACUAGCUUGAUCAGUGCUCAGUUGGUAUAGUAGAAAGUUACUUCUAGAAGAAAUGAUGAGAAAUUAUAGUUUAAAUCGAGAAGAGACAUGCCGGAGAUGGCACCUGCGAACCCUAAAGCCCUAAGAUUAAGGUGAACGCCGUCAGAGAAGCAGAGAAAACAAGGAAAGCUGUUGGCGUCAUCCCGCAAGCACUACAUUCCACCAAUCACAACAAGGAUGCUACACGGCUGAUCUUCGUCGAGGGAACAAGCAACAAUUGUAAUCUACAUGUCAACAAAAGCUGUGUCACUGCAAUCGAUAUGAUAACGUCAGCAAAAAGGAAGACAUAUUUUAUAAGGUACGUCUAGAAAAAACUAGAAUUGUUGACACGCUUACUGUGGUUGGGAUUCAUUUGAUCCUUUAUAUGUAUAGGAAAUUUUGUUGAUGAGUUAAGCUAAUUGCCUCCGCAAACGUGUCAAAAUAAUACAAUAGUACAUUGUGCAACAUGGGGCGUACGUUAAAUAUUGUAAACGAGAGUAAGUUAAAUCGCGACGGCUUGCCGGAGCGAUUUAUUGACUCGUGUUUGCAAUAUUAUUACGCCCCGAGUUACACACAAUGUUUUUCAUCACACUUGCGAUACAAAAAUGAAGUAUAAAGACAAAAAACUGUUAAUUAUGGCACUAGAAACUUCAGUACUCCCUAGGGAAAACGCUUUUUCUAUUACUCCCGCUAAGCCUGCGUGCAAUUCCACAUUUACUGAGCGAGUGUGAUGAAAUCAUUAUUUAGAGCGGUGGCAUUUAAAAUGGCCAAAAUGUAAAUAUGUAUAGACCACAUAGAUGCUAUAUUAUGUGUUGGGUGCUUCCAAAUGAUGUACAGGUCUCAGGAUCAAUAUGCCUAGUCCAAGUAAAGGUAAUAAUAUCUGGGAGACCGAGCUUUGCUCGGAAAUCAUAUUAAAACUCAAAAAUGCGCGUUUUCUCAGAGAUAAGACCUAGCUAGAUCGAUUUAUGGCUUCCGAAAACCCCCAUAUAGCAAAUUUCAUCGACAUUGUUAGAGCCGUUUCCGAGAUCCCCGAAAUAUAUAAAUAUAUAUAUAUAUAUAAAUAUAUAUAUAUAUAUAUAUAAAUAAAUAAACAAGAAUUGCUCGUUUAAAGGUAUUAGAUAUACCAAAGCCUAUUUUACUGGAGUGGUCAAAAUUCAGUCAAAUCUGAUUUAUCAAGAGUCGACAUGUUUAAGGAGCAUUUAUCUAGCCACUUCUUCUUCGUCAGUGUUAUAUUUUUUUGAAGUGAAAACUUCUUUAGCGACGUUGAGCACUUUUUGAGGUGGGGAAAAAAUGAUAAACUCGAGACAGCGUAACGCGUAACGCGCUGAUGUCAUGUGUGACGGACAAUGUUAUUCACCAAAGAACUUUAGUCAUAACGUAUCAUAAUCAGGUCAAUUAGUUAAAUAUGGACUUUUAUAUUAAGCAAUAAAGCUCAAUGUUCUAAUCGUAUACGGGCUGAAAUACGAGGAUCUCACAGUUACAUUCUAACUUUAUUUAUAUCACUCCAAUACAAUUCAAUAAAGCUACAUCUUGAUGAAAUCGCUAAUAAAAGUGAACUGUACUGGUGAAUAAAACUCAAAAUAUCAUGACCAAAUAUAUUUAGAUGCGAGGUCUGCAAGGUAACUUUACAAUUUCGAUUCGAAUUGUAACAAUUAACCCUACAAAUUUAAGCUCACUGGCCAGCAAUUUCGUAACUAAAGUUUUUCAAUAGAAAGGAGGAUGGGUCAAUUAUACAUAGUGCUGCAGACAUUUUGGAAUAGUCAUUGAGUUUUCACUUCUGUCGGCACUCCCGGAGUGCACCCGUUGUUUUUUUUCUUUUUCUCUAUAAGCACAUUAAAAAAUAGUAGCUCACCAAUACCGAAUGUCAGUCGCCAGACGGAACACCGGAGAGUUAGGAAUCGUUUAAAAUUAAUUCAUACAAGUGCGGUAUACCAUUCAGCAGACUUUUCAGUCAUGCUGGAACCAUCGCUCGUCCCUCUCUCCUUGUUGAUCACGUGCAAUAGAAGCAUAGAUGGCUUAACUCCCCCCCAAAUUGGAUGAACUUCUAUUGCACGGUUACACUGUACUUAAAUUAUUGUUUAACUUUGGUUUUCGGGCAGCUGAUUCUGAGCUGGCUGAUUUGGUCGAAAUAUAUCUCCAUGGGGCAAAAGCGCACCGUGAAGAGAUUUUUUAUAGACAUUUUGCGGGCAGAGGUUACUUAGCUCGCCGCUUCCUGACCAGUUUCAAUAGAAUCGCCAGUGGCGUGACGAAGAGGUUGCAUUUUGAUCAAGCAGAAUAAAAAUAUUGUUUUUUUAUAACUGGAUUUUAUUUUUGUUCCUCUUGAUAUUAAACAAUAUAACAACAGCAACGCAAUAUAACAGCAGCUAUUCAAAGUAUUUUUGAUAUAAUUCCAAUAGUUCUGACUUAAUUCAUUGCAAAAAUGCCAAAAAAUAAAAAAUGAUAAGAAACCAUUUUUAUUUUUUUCUCAAUUCUCCCAUGGCUUGCAAGAAUGCGAAUCAUACCACUGUAGCAGAUACAUUUACCUACAUACCUAGCCCUAUUUCGUUUGUGUACGCUGUGGGUCAUAUGUCCGAACAAAAUGCCCAAUGACCUUUGACAUGUUCUCAGUUAUUGAUUUAUGUAUAUUGUAAUAUGUACCUAGUAUUUUAUUUAGAACAUGACGAUCAUUAAGAGAUACUCGUACUAAGUUAUUACCGUAUUUUGUUUUGACAUGAAUGGAUAAAUUGUUGACAUAAGAUUAAUUAUUGCAAGACAUUUUUUAAUUUGUAUGUAUUAAAUGAUAUUA